CGAUCACCUCCGCGUCAAAAGUAAAGCCGGGUUGAACCUGCAAUCACUUGAUCUUUCAUUAACAAGUGUAAUAUCAAAAGUCACUUCAGUCUAUUCGGACUCACAUCCACACCAAACCAAGUCACCGUUAUAAGCCAUCAACAUGAAAGCUAUCUGGGCCACUCUACUCGUCGCGGCCUCGUUCGCCCUCGCCAGCCCUGUCGCCGAGGCUGCUCCAAAAGCUGAUCCGGGCGGCUACGGCGAUUAUGGAGACUACGGAGGAUAUGGAAAGUACGGUGAUUACGGAAAAUACAAACCUCCGACGCCGCCAAAGGGAGGAUACGGGGAUUAUAAGACAUACCCACCACCGAAGGGAGGCUAUGGUGAUUAUGGAAAGUAUCCGCGGGAAGAGGUACCCGAGUAAUACGGCGUGGGUCAGAUUACAAGACAGCUUAGUUGGCAACUAAAGAAGCUUGGAAACCCAGGUCAAGAUUUACUUAUUCGGGAAAUUCUACCCUAUAUGGACUGCUGUGACUGUUUUCACGAUGGAAAAUAUCUCGUAUACGUUGCUCACCAGAUGUCUAAUGUAGCCUUUACACUAACAAUGGAUUGUUCUCCGAUGAUGUCUCAC